AUGGCCGAGCUCAGCAGCCCCACGACCAGGGGCGAGUACAACUGGACGACCCUGGAAAAGGAUCUGGCCGGCGCCAAGUCCCGUGGCCGGCCAAUGGUCGUGCGGAUCCAGGACCAGAGUGGCACCAACUCUGGGGACGACCAAAAGUCUUUACUGCCCCCGUACGUGAGCCAGCCGAACAAGGUGCUGUUCGGCAGCUCAAAGUUUGUGGGUGUGGACUGGUCGUCCGCGGACGUGCAGCAGUUUGAGCUCGACUUUUUCACGGCGUUCGCGGCCAAGUUCGAUAAGGACACGCGAAUAACGUACCUGCAAGCGGGCUGGGGGUUCUGGAGCGAGAGCCACCUGUACCACGACGGCACCGACUAUAUCAAGCACGGGGUCAACUAUCCUUCGAAAGAGUACCAGGCCAAGUUUGUGGACCACCUGGCCGGCCUGUUCAAGUGUCUGACGUUUUCGUUCAGCAUUGACGGCGCGCUCAGCGGACUGCCUCUGGACGAUUUGAGGUACGGGGUCUUUAACGACUCGUUGAUGGCCAAGGGUAGUAGUAGCCAGGACACUUACUAUGAGCAGCUCAACUUUGCAGAGCGCAACAAGACCCGGCCCAGCGGCGACGAGUUCCCGGACUCGAUCAAGACGCCGUUUGGGGAUGCGGCGCUCCUGGAACGAGUCAAAAAGUACAAUGUGCAGUACGUGUUUGCGAAUCAGCAGCGCGAGGACUCGAAUUGGGACCAGGCCGUGGCGGUGGUGAUGCAGACGUGA